CAAGAUCUGGCUUUGCCUUUGACAUGCAAGAUGCAUCUUGGCCAAGUCCUUGAUCGGGUACUCGAUUCCGGUGACGAGGAAGUGUGUCUUCGUCGACGGCCAUGAUGAUGCGGCCCUCGUGGCCUUCGAAGCGACCCUGGAGAAAGAUCACUGCCUUAGUUCGCUCUAGAAACUCAUAGCUAGCUUGGGGGACGACCUGUGCGUCUUUCAUACCUUUUGAUAUAUAGCUGAGCUAUCUCUCUCCCUCUCUCAUUUUCCAUGCAUGUGUUUGAUAUUUGCUCUGAAUCAAAAGCACAGCCAAGUCCUCGGCUACUGUUUGCUUUAUCUGGUGAGGUUUGAAUUAUGAGAUGGACUGGGAGGUUUUUCCAUGAGCUGGGUUUAAUUUUGACAAAUGGGAUUGGCAGCCAUAUGUGAUCGCAAAAAUUAUUAACCUCGCUAGCUAUUAUUAUGUCUGGUUUUAUUAGAUUCUCUCCCACAGUUUUACAAAUUAAGACCGACCUUUCUCUGUCUCUGCUUCCUGGGUUGUAUGCACAGCUAGCUCAAUCCACUGUCAGAAGGAUGAUCGGAUCCUGAUCUCUCACUAUCUCUUGACACCUUAUUAUUCUAGAGACAAGACUCGGAUAGAUUUGAAAGUAUCUCCAAUUGGAUCUUGCUUAGUAUGUGAGGAGAUAUUUUAUCCUUAUUGUUCCCUUUUGGUUUCUAUUUGGUUAUUAAUGCUGGCUUAAUGAGUUUUGGAUCCUACAGCCGCUGGGUUUUCUUGUGGUGGUGUGGGGUAGGUGGAAGGGAAAGAGAUGAGCGUUCAUAUAUAAAUAAGCUUAGAGUCUCGAAAUAAGAUCAAAUUAUCAUCGUCGCCCUUUGUUUUGCAAUAACGGGUUUGGUUGUUUUUGUAGUACAGAACUAGAGAUGCUCAAGGCCAGUGAUAGACACGUUGAGCCUGUCGAGUAGAGCAUAAGCUAGAAAUACUCUUUUCCACAUCCUUAUAACCUGCUGCAUGCUAAGGCAUCCAAACCCACCAUCAUCAUUGUUCAGUCUGUUUCACAAGAACUUGGGGAUCAAGCAAAUAUGCAAGGAGAGCAAGACCACCAGCAACACAACAAUCAAGACCGGAAGGUAAACCAGCAGCAACGGCAACAAGGACAACAACAACAACAUCAUGAGCCUCAAAAGUGUCCGAGGUGCGAGUCCCUCAACACCAAGUUCUGCUACUACAACAACUACAGCCUAUCCCAGCCCCGCUACUUCUGCAAGGCGUGUAGGAGGUACUGGACCCAGGGUGGCACCCUCCGGAACGUCCCCGUCGGUGGGGGUUGCCGGAAAGGCAAGCGUGCCAAGACAAUGUCCUCGUCAUCAUCAGCCACCUCCUCUCACUCGGUGCUUCAGCCGCAGCAGCAGCCACAAGACCACCAGCUGCAUGAGAGGGCAUUGAUGAUGUCAACAGGGCCAGCUGCCCUGAACUCUCUGUCUGGCUCCCAGUACUACUCUGGUGGUGCUGGGUAUUUGACAUCUAUGCCCUUCACUCAAAACCUCGACCAUCUUGGGGGUUCUGGACAAUUGGGAUCAGGUGGUGGUGCUUCAAAUUUGGGACUGCUUCAUGGCUUCAAUGCCAUCUCUUCCUAUGGACAGAGUCAGAUGCAAAGCCAGCUUCUUAAGAGCAUGGAGACUCCACCUCUGUACCCAUCUGAGGAUCAUCGAGCCUCAACUGGUCAUAGCGCUCCGUGGAGCACCACCAUGGGCAACAAUACCAGCACCAGCAGCGGUAAAGUUGGCUCUUCUCUGAACUCAUCCCAGCGGCCUGAUGAUCAUGCCGCAUCUUUUUCCACUGGACUUCCCCAGUGAAACUUCCCUGCAUGCGAUGGCUCCCUCAUAACUCCAGAGA